AUAAAACCCCUCACCCCCCUCUUUGUUUUCCUGUUGGUCGCUCGGUCUUCGUCUUCUACAUUCUCACACGCAGAUAUAGAUAGAGACAGAGAUAGAGAGGGUCUUAGGCGCAAUCUUGACCGUCCAUCGUUGGGUUCUCUCUCUCCGAUUCGAUCGGAAUCGGAGUCGCAAGGCCCAGCGCUCUUGAUCGAGUUUUAAGGUGUUGCUGAGGGUGUUUUGAGUUUGGGAUUUCUAAUGUUGAAGAAAUAAGAGACUUGAAGGUUUUGCUGCCCCGAAAGGAAAAUGUUGGAAGGUGGUCCAAAAUUCACUGGAAUAAUAGGCCUGAACAAGCAUGACAAUAACUAUGAUGAUUUUUCGCAAGGAUUUUACCAUAAACUUGGUGAGGGUUCCAACAUGUCCAUUGACAGUUCUGGAAGCCUGCAAACAAGCAACGGUGGAGGCUCUGUUGCUAUGUCUAUAGAUAACAGCAGUGUAGGUUCAAAUGGCUCCCACACUCGCAUUUUAAACCACCAAGGGUUACGGCGGCGUGCUACUGACAAUCAUUCUGUUGCAUUAAGUGUUAAUCGAAGAGGAAGAGUAACACAUGCAUUGAGUGAUGAUGCACUGGCCCAAGCAUUAAUGGAUAGCAAUUCACCUACUUUGGGGCUUGAGAACUUUGAUGAGUGGACUAUUGAUUUAAGGAAUCUCAACAUGGGAGCACCUUUUGCUCAAGGGGCUUUUGGUAAACUCUACAGAGGUACUUAUAAUGGUGAGGAUGUUGCUAUCAAGAUCUUGGAGAGGCCAGAAAAUAAUCCAGAAAAGGCUCAGUUGAUGGAGCAACAAUUUCAGCAAGAGGUUAUGAUGCUGGCCACAUUGAAGCAUCUAAAUAUAGUUCGAUUUAUUGGUGGCUGUAGGAAACCCAUGGUAUGGUGCAUUGUGACAGAGUAUGCAAAAGGGGGUUCUGUCCGGCAGUUUUUGACGAAGCGACAUAAUCGAGCUGUUCCAUUGAAACUUGCAGUCAAACAGGCCUUGGAUGUUGCAAGGGGGAUGGCAUAUGUGCAUGGGCUUGGAUUGAUUCACAGGGAUUUGAAAUCUGACAAUCUGUUGAUUAAUGCAGAUAAAUCCAUUAAGAUUGCAGAUUUUGGAGUUGCCCGGAUUGAGGUGCAGACUGAAGGAAUGACACCAGAGACAGGGACAUACCGCUGGAUGGCUCCGGAGAUGAUCCAGCAUAGGCCUUACACACAGAAAGUAGAUGUCUAUAGCUUUGGGAUUGUUCUCUGGGAACUCAUAACUGGACUGCUUCCGUUCCAGAACAUGACGGCAGUGCAGGCAGCAUUUGCAGUUGUCAACAAAGGUGUCCGACCAGUCAUCCCAAAUGACUGCUUACCCAUUCUAAGUGAGAUCAUGACUAGAUGCUGGGAUGCCAACCCCGAUGUCAGGCCACCCUUCACCGAAGUUGUCAGGAUGCUUGAAAAUGCGGAGAAUGAGAUCAUGACAACAGUCCGCAAGGCCCGUUUUAGGUGUUGUAUGGUCCAACCAAUGACUGCAGAUUGAUCCCAAGAAAAUGAUUGAACAAAACAACAGCUACAAGAUCAGAAACAAGCGAAGAAAUGGACAAUUUGGAAGAAGGGAAGGAGCAAAAUGAUUUGUAUGUUAGCCUUGUGUAUUUAUCACGUUCAAGAACUGUUAUUAAGAUAAGAACUGUUGGUUUUGGUUUUCUUUUUUUAACGGAUUCUGUUGCUGAACUAGUAAUAGACAAGAAUGACUGUGUAAUGCGUAUGUAUACCUCACAUUUGGAGUGUUGAA